AUGCCGAUGCCGCCGUCGGCCACGGUUCCCGAGGGUUCGGCUUGCAAUUUAAAUGGCCGCGACACGCAGCAAGUGUCUCCGGAGGUCGUUGGACAACAGCAUCGGCUUACCCACAGCCUGAUCUCGGUCGGGUCCAGCGUCUGCCGAAUAUGUCACACGAACACGCCGAAGGAACCGCUCAUUUCCCCUUGUAGGUGCAAGGGCACGCUGGCUUACGUGCACUUGUCUUGCCUGGAACGAUGGCUGAAUCAGUCGUGUCGAACUUACUGCGAAUUGUGCCGUUACUACUUCAAUGCCGUGGAGACACCUCGUUAUCGAUGGUGA